GGCGGAACAUUCGCGUUCCAGGUGAACAGCUGAAAACCAAAUCAAACAACUCCAAACGUUGUGGAGACUCGAGAGAGUAGCCGGACACGUGACCGCGGAACAGUUGUUGAAAUAUGGCUGAGCAGGAGGACGGAGGGGUGGUUCGCAGAGUUCUGUCUGCUGUCGGUGUAAACAGUAUUGUCCGUAGUUUGUAUGGAUGUGUGGACACGACAGUUAAAUGGUGUUGGAUUCCUAACUGGUUGCCUUCGUGGUGUCCUACCUCUCAGACACAGCUACAGAAAGCAGAAGACAUGAUGCUUAGAUGUGUGAACAGCCCUUUCACCAAACAGUACAUCCCAAUUUCCAGUGGCAACCUUAUAUGGACAUUGGUUUUUAGUAACACCAGUCACAAACAUAAAACCCCAAUGGUUCUGCUCCAUGGGUUUGGAGGUGGUGUUGGCCUUUGGGCUCAGAACUUAGAUGCUCUUUGUCAGCAUCGAUCUGUUUUUGCCUUGGAUUUGCUGGGAUUCGGUCAGAGCAGUAGACCAUCAUUUUCCUCAGAUGCCCGACUGGCUGAAAAUCAGUUUGUGGAGUCCAUAGAACAAUGGAGGACGAAAAUGGGAUUGGAGUCCAUGAUACUGCUGGGACAUAACCUCGGAGGAUACCUGGCAGUGUCAUAUGGCAUCAAGUACCCAAACAGGGUGAAGCACAUUUUUCUGGUGGAACCCUGGGGUUUUCCUGAACGCCCUAACACUGUGGAGGACGACCGUCCUAUUCCUGUCUGGAUCAAAGCUCUUGGGGCCAUGUUCAGUCCCUUUAACCCCCUGGCUGGUCUGCGUCUUGUUGGACCUCUAGGUCCUACUCUUGUCCAAACUCUGAGGCCUGACUUCAAGAGGAAGUUCUCCUCCAUGUUCACCGACAACACAGUGUCAGAUUACAUCUACCAUCUGAAUGUACAGACGCCCAGUGGAGAAACAGCCUUUAAGAACAUGACUGUUAACUACGGCUGGGCUAAGAGGCCGAUGCUGCAGAGGAUUGUCCUGCUGCAGCCUCACAUCCCGCUGACCGUCAUCUACGGCUCACGGUCCAGUGUAGAUGGGAACUCAGGCAGCAUCAUCCAAAACAUGAGACCAAACUCUCAUGUUGAAAUCAUGACAAUCCGUGGAGCCGGACACUACGUGUACGCAGACCAGCCAGGAGACUUUAACCGUCUGGUUUUACAAGCCUGUGAAAAAAUAGACUGAGAAGUAGACGAGGUGUGUGAUUGAACACUGGACACAUGAAAAAGAGGGAACAGCAGAAACACAUCUGACCUUCAGCUUUAGCUUUAUCUGGUGACAAACCACAGGACUUCACUCUGACAGGGCAGGACGUGUUUUCUGACCAUUGCACUGAUUCUAUUUUAUACUCACAAUGAUGUUCGCAUCAUGUCAUAGGCUAAAGUUAGCUGGUAAGUAACGGGUUUAUGUAGACAAAACCAGAAGUACAAUUACUGCUUUGUCCACAUGCUUACUGUGCAAUAUGAAUUAUAUUCUAUUACUUCAAAACUGAAGUAAUACUGCAACAAAUGACUGAACUGGUAGAAAAGGACGGUUAUGUAGUGGUUGAGUUAGAGAUAAGUGAUAAUCAGGACACCACUGUAGAUAGAAUGGAAAACUUACUGCUGGAAGAUCCAGUGUGGAGGUUCUAGCACAAUUAUAAUGGGAGAAAAUUCAGUGGUUCAAGGAAAGGUGUGGGACCUCACUAUGCUCAAUAACUUAUUGGAAGUGCAAUAUAUGAAGUAUAUGUAACUAAACAUCCUAGUGUUUGUGUCCUAAAGUUCAAAACAGUAUUUGACACUUUCAUAUUAAAUCCUAGAAAACUUUAAAGUUAUGCGAGUGAAAAUAUUAUAGAAGUUCAUUUGUUCUGUCUCUUCUAAUAAUGAACUUUUUUUUUGGAUAGCACUCAGUUCUUUCAACAUUUCAAUGUUAAGUCAUAUAUUUUAUUUUACUUUUUCGAAAUUACUAACAGCAAAGUCAAUAAUUAAGAAAUGCUUUGUUUAGAGAUUUUCUCUAAAAUAUAUUUACAUGUAUAUGAUAUACAUACAUACACAUCUAAAUACAUAUACUGUAUAUAAAUAUAUAGGUAGGAGUUCUUGGCAACAAAAAAAGUCUGAGACUAAAAGUGUCAGAGAAGACAGAAAUUAUGUGUCCCUAAAAUAUAUUUUUAUUUUACAUUCUAGAGUCUAUUUGUGAUUACAAUCCUGAGUAUAUAAGCAAGAGCUCUAAAAUUAGAUUUUACACAAAAAGAGAACAUUUUAUAUUUUAUAUAUAUAUAUAUAUCUAAUGUACAGAUUAUAGCUAGGUCUAGGUAUUUUUUUUUACACUGCUCAGCUCCUCUGAUAAAAUGGCUCGUACCAGUAAAGCUACACAAACACACACAUUCUGUUUAUUGUGGUGCUGGAGCUUCUUGGUUGAUUAGUCUCAACAUUGGCCCGACAGCCUUUUUGAACUAACGGCUUUUUUGGGAGGAUAAAGCAGUCGAGAAAUGAAAAGAUCUGUGUGCUGUGCUUGUCCCAUCAUCGUCUAUCUAUGAACCUCACCGCUGCUGAUGACUGUGAACCUAAAGUCAUUAUGAAAAUGUCAAACGGCAAUUACAAUUAUCAAAUUACAAUUUGAGGAAACAUCGACUGAAAGCAAAUCGCUCAGACUGACUCGCAGGAGCUCAGUUACGAUGUCAUGUGUUCCUCACUUCCUGUCUGCUGUGGUUUUUCCAUACGAUUCCCAUACAGACAGGAAACACACUCGUCAGUAUAUGGUUCCACUGCAUCA